GUACUAAUUUCAGUCGGGGUCUAAUUUGCUGGUUAUUAAUUUCUGCUGGAGUUUACCACGUCAUAAAUAAAUAAAGAAAGAAAAAAUACACGCGCGCGCGUUGCUUAGUGGCGAGGCGACGCGAGAGUUUGGAACCGGAGAGCGGAGAGAUCGGAUUUGGACGGACGGGAUCGACAACUUUUGUCGUAGAAGCGCGUUGCGGAGAGAGAGAAAUCAAUCGUGUUUCACUCUUCACCAGCUAAGUUUGCUUAUUAUAUAUAUAUAUAUAUAUAUAUUAUUUGGUAUUGAUGUUUUCAUUUCCUUUCCUUUCCGCAAAAAUUACAUCACACAUCAAUCACAUCACAUGUUCGUUCGUUCGUGGAGGAUAGGAUCUGGUUUAGUUCAAGAAUUUCAUGCUAAAAAUCUGUUACUCAGAAGCUGGUGGAGAGAUGAUCGUCUGCGUCGCCGUCGUGGGUCACCAGGUGCUUCGAACAAUCCACUGUACAUCCAGAGUUUUACCGAGGCAGAUGAUGCGCUCAAGCUUCAUCACAUUGUUCAUUGUUCUCUGGACGCAGUUGAUGAGAGAGUGAACAACCCCAAAAAGUCAGGUCCAAUACUGAAUGAAGCGUUUCUUGGUUUGCUAUAUCCAACUGAAAAAUACAAAGUGUAUGGUUAUUUGACUAAUACUAAGGUGAAGUUCAUAUUUGUAACCACGGAUCUUGAUGUCCGAGAUGCAGAUGUGAGAAAUUUUUUCAGAAGGUUUCAUGCUGCCUAUGUUGAUGCAGUUUCAAAUCCCUUCCAUGUUCCAGAUAAAAAGAUAACUUCCAAGGUUUUUGCCGAACGAGUCAGCACCGUUGUCAAGUCCUUCGGACUAAGCCCAGCCAGUUGAAUGCUAACCUGAACAUCUCGGCUUACACAGCCAUGCUUCUGUUUUUGACUUGGGGAUCUUUGAAUUAUACUUGACCUCUGAAAAAUGCAGUGUUACUGCAAAUGUUGUGCAUAAACAAUUUAUUGAAAAGAGGAUUAGGUAACUUUGUAGCUUUAAUUUACUUUUUUUGUAGUCCAUAAUAUUGUUACUGUCAGUGUAUUUUGAGUUUCUAUGGGAAAUUGGCACGACUUUACAGUGUUGAAAGAAGACAUUAAGAGAA